AUAGCGUCAAAUUGUUUUGUAGUUUCGGUUCUGAAACGCUAGAACGCUGUUAGAAAGGAUUUCUACUUAUAUGUGUUACAGAACCAUUAUUAGUGGUGUGACGCUAAGCUCAGUAUUAUAACAGUAAAAGGCUAGUCUAGUAAAAGGCUUAGUCCAGAUCGCAGUGCUUUGAGAAAUUGGUUCAUAUACGGAAGAAAAAUGAGCGCUGUCGACGAAAGAACUAUUUACGCGAAGCUGGAAGCUAUGAAAGACAUAAGAUCCAAAACACUACAACUAGAAAAGCUAAAACUUAAAAUAGUUCGUGAAGUAGAAAAUGGGGAUGCAGAGGAAAAAUGUUUGUCUGAAUAUCGUCGCGAGCUUGAACUUCUUAUGCAAGAAAAGAUGAGCCAUGUAGAGGAGCUUCGACAAAUUCAUGCUGAUAUUAAUGCGAUGGAAACAGUUAUCAAGCAAGCAGAAGAAAAUAGGAUACGUUCUAUAAAUAUGGCUAAUCGUAUCCAUGAAGAGUAUGUACCCCUGAAAACUGAGGUUGAUUCUAUGCGUCGCGACUACUUAGGUCUUGAAAGGCUGCCGGAACUACAUGAAGAGGAAGGCACAAUCAUUUCUUCAGACCGUUUUCAGAACUAUUACGCUGCGAACAAAUCAUUAUCCACGCCGACCGCUACAUUCUCUCGUCCACCACUGUCUGCACAUCAUCCUUUACCACCGGAUGCACCGGCCACAUCGUUACCUCCAUCGGCUCCCCCAGGAUUUCUUCCGCCUCCUCCGGUAGCAAUGCGUAUAAAUAAGCCUCCAGAAUUGCCGACAAAUCGGCUUCAACAGGCACCAUCAACGAUUGGGAUCGGUCAUCCGACAUUCAGGUCUGAUUUCAAUGUGAAUUUAAGCAGACAGCAGCCGCCUCCGAUGAAAUCGUGCCUGUCGUGCCAUCAACAAAUCCAUCGAAACGCUCCGAUCUGUCCGCUAUGCAAGGCUAAGAGUCGCUCUCGCAAUCCGAAAAAACCUAAAAAGAAGGAUCACUAAAUUGACCACGCGCUGGUAGCGUCAGGGACACAUCGUUUAUUAAAUUAUGCAGCUUUCUAUAUAUUCUUCCGUAUCAAUUCAUGGACGUACAAUCGAGUGGUUCAGCUUGCUGAUGUCGACUUAAUAUUAGUCAUUCAUAACUAGGUAAUAAGAAUAUUUUGCAUUUUCUUGCAGCAACAUCAUUACGAUUUGAGUCGUAUGUAUUAUUUUAAAUUUAACAAAAGUAUAAUAUAUCGUGUAUUGUACAAUUUUAAUUAUUGUGCUAUUUUUGAAU